CAACAACUCGCUCUCCCCUCGUCUCUUCCGUUUCGGCGUUACUUUCCUCCUCGCUGUUACCGUUCCGUUUUACUUCUCCUCGUCUUCUCCGCUCGUUGGAAAUCUCCUCUUCUCCACCCUGCUUCCCUCACCGGUCGAAGACGGUCGGCGCCGUGGCCUUCCUCCUUCACACUGUUUCCUGGCGGGAGGGCGCUAUUCCGCCACGUGACGUCCUACUCCGGCCGGCGGUACCCAGAGGGACGGCAGAUUCGGAUCUCUCUGAUAUUUGGACCUGGUGGGAGGGUAAUGUGGGAUCUCUGAUUCCCGCACCACUGGCGGAGGCUUCAUCGGAUGCCCUCUCGAUUCCAGAGGCGGAUGGUGGAGGAAGGGUCGUGACGAAUCCGCGAUCGGUUUCAUAUGGUGGAAGGAAGGUCUUGCAUAUCUAGGGAAGUUAAAAUGGGUUAGAAUUGUUGAAACUCAAAAAGCUCCAACUGAAAUAGUCUGGAUUUGUGCCUUCUGCUAUUAAUUCAGCCACUUUUAUGUCCGAAAUUAGAGAAAAUACUUUAAGAACUUCAGCGCCAUGUGGUACUAGGAUGCUCAGGAGUGCUGAUACUGAUGCAUUUUCAGAUGUUAGUGGUUCUAUCAAGGAUGCCUUUUGCAAGAAUCCAGCGAAGAAAUUUUGCAUGUCCAACCUAGAAUGGAUUGAAAAGAUCCCAGAAUGUCCUAUAUUUCACCCCUCAAGGGAGGAGUUCAAGGACCCAUUAGAUUAUCUUCAACAGAUUGCUCCUGUUGCAUCAAGAUAUGGUAUAUGUAAGAUCAUUUCCCCUAUUAGUGCUUCUGUUUCUGCUGGUGCUGUCUUAAUGAAGGAGCAAAUUGGGUUUAAGUUUACUACCAGAGUGCAGCCUCUACCUCUUGCUGAGUGGGUUGUAGAUGACAAGGCCACAUUUUUCAUGAGCGGAAGAAAGUAUACAUUUCGGGAGUUCGAAAAGAUGGCAAACAAGUAUUUUUCUCAAAGAUAUUAUAGUUCUGGAUGUCUCCCAACUAAGUUUCUGGAAGAACAAUUCUGGCAUAAAUUUGCAUUUGGCCAGACAGAGUUAGUUGAGUAUGCUUGUGAUAUUGAUGGAAGUGCUUUCUCAUCUUCUCCUAGAGAUCAACUUGGACAAAGUAAUUGGAAUCUUAAGAGAUUUUCUCGUCUAUCGAAGUCUGUACUACGGCAUCUGCAAUAUGCAAUUCCAGGAGUAACAGAUCCAAUGCUUUACAUCGGGAUGGUCUUUAGUAUGUUUGCUUGGCAUGUUGAAGAUCAUUAUCUAUAUAGCAUUAAUUAUCAUCAUUGUGGAGCUUCCAAGACAUGGUAUGGAAUCCCAGGUCACUCUGCUCCAGACUUUGAAAAGGUGGCCCGGAGUCACAUUUAUAACUCUGACAUUUUGCAAGCUGAUGGAGAAGAUGCAGCUUUUGAGGUUCUUUUAGGGAAGACCACGAUGUUCCCUCCAAAUAUUUUGUUAGAACAUGAUGUUCCCGUUUAUAAAGCCAUACAAAGACCAGGAGAAUUCAUUGUCACCUUUCCUCGAGCUUAUCAUGCAGGUUUCAGCCAUGGAUUCAAUUGUGGCGAGGCUGUAAAUUUUGCUAUUGGUGAUUGGUUUCCAUUAGGUGCUGUGGCUAGCCAACGAUAUGCAGUUCUUAACAGGAUUCCAUUACUUCCGCAUGAGGAACUCCUCUGUAGGGAAGCAGUGCUGCUUUCUAAAAGUCGUCAGCUUUCAAGAGAAGAUCUGAACUCGCAAAAAUGCAUCAAAUUAUCAUUUGUGUCCUUAAUACGCUUCCAUCACUUUGCUCGUUGGUCCCUUAUGAAAUUGGGUGCCCGUGCAUGCAAUAAUAGAGAGACUGUACUAUGUAGCAUUUGCAGACGUGACUGUUAUGUUUCUCAUGUUAAGUGCUAUUGCAUCAUCGAUCCAAUCUGUUUGCACCAUGAGAAAGAGCUUGAAAGCUGCAAUUGUGGUGUUUCUCGUUUAAUAUAUCUGAGGGAGGACAUUAUGGAAUUGGAGUCUUUAUCAUGGGCAUUUGAACAUGAGGAUGAUUUAAGAGAGGAAGUGCACCAGCUGAUUCAAAAGAGUGGCAACUUUGGUAUAUGGUCAAGGUCAUUUUACAAUGCUGAAGAUGUUUAUGUUCCAUAUUGUGAGAUAAAUUUCGAGGCAAUAUCUGAAGCUAGUUGUAACAAGCAUGAAACGGUAGGAUCUAUUUUGUUUCCUAGAUCAGUGACAUCAUCGGUGGAGUUAAAACAAUGUUUAUUGCAUAAUCAUGACAUAAAAACUAAUACAGGACUAUCAUUGUGCACCAAGUUACCUGGUUCAUGUCAAUCUGCCAUGCGAAACCCAAAUAGAACUUUAAUUGGUUGUCAAGCUGGUAACAAAACUUCAGUUAGGCAAGAGAGUGAUGAUUCUGAUGCCGAAAUCUUCAUAAUCAAACGAAGAUCUACAGUACAAAAAGAUAUAACAUCUGAGGGCAAUGUUGAUUCAAGCCACGCUGAAUAUCAGGGGCUAAAACGGUUAAAGAAGCUCCGUGAAGAAGGUAGGCAGCCAUCUCCAGCAUUAUCACAAUUUAGACAAUGUGAAAAGAAGCUUGAAGCUGCAAUCAGCAGGACUUGUAUACCAUUGCUUUCAAGAAACGGACAGGACUUCACCACUAUCUAAUGAACUUGGGCAAAAGCGUUUAAUGUCAAAGGGCAUUUUUUAUCCUAAUGAAGCAGAUAAGCCGAGGGAUUCAUCCUGUAAAUUACCAUUUCCAGGAAGCUAAUACGCUACUCGACGCUCCAAUGCUAACUUCUGAUUUUGACUAGGCUCUAACAGCUGAGGAAAUGACUCGGCCAACAGAUUGGCAGCUAUUUUCCAUCUUCAGGAGGUGAUUUGGAAAGGAUGCCCGUAAUCGAUUCUUUGUGCAAGCCUCAAAUGAGACGCUGACACGAUUUGAUUCUCAAAACUGUUUUCUUUCUUUUUUGAUAUUAUGUUAGCAAACACUCGGCCUUUUUCUAUUUUGCCGGUGAUGCAUAUUGGGGAUUGUAGGUGUUACCACUAUCGUCACAAUUAGCUCACUUCUGCUAAUUUGAGAUUAAGUUAAUUUUUUAA